CUAAGACAAGCAAACAAAAAGAAGAUUUGGAUCGAGUGCAGUCACUCGGAGAGUGCCGUUACCACCUUUCAGUCCUUUUCAGUUUUGCUUUCAUCACUAAUACUGCUUCGCCCAUGGCUUUCCCAUUUCUCUACAAGUCUACAGUAAUCCCCAACCCACGUAGAAUCAGAUUCUUCCAGACAUUUUCGUCUCCCUUAUCCUCCUUCAAAUCCAUCGCUUUCUCGGCCAACCGUCUGAUCUACUUACUUUAUUACUCGCCGGUCAACCAAUACAACAAUAAAUUAAAAUGAAAUAAUUCUGGUUUCCAACCUCACACAAAUCCCGUUCUUGCUUCCCAAGCAAAACCCUCGCUAGGGUCCCAGCCGCCAAGACACAGAGCCAUCCUCACGCCACGUGGAUAACCUGACUGUCACGACAAAAACCUCACUUGGUUAAAUCCGACUUUGCUUUUCCUUCCUUCUUUCCCUUCUUCUUAGUAUGAGCAGUACUCACUGUUUUUUCAUCUCACAAGUUCAGAAAUGAAGCUACAUAGCUUUCUUCUUCGUCUUCUGUGUCUGGUUUUACUGACGUACACUGACGUCAAUGCGCAGCAGUCGCCGGGGCCGAUGCAGACCAACGGCUAUGCCUACCUCGAGAACUUCAACUCCUCGAUGGCCCUGGUCAUCGUGUUCCUCGUGUGCGCCUUCUUCAUCGUUGGAUUCUUCUCCAUCUACAUUCGCCGUUGCGCCGAGACGCACAUGGCCAACGCAGGCGGGUCCCUGGGCUCAGCGGCUGCCAUUGGAAUAGCCGGACGACGCAGAGGCGUCAACCCGGCUGUGAUUGAGAAGUUUCCGAUGUUCGUCUACUCCGACGUCAAGGAUCUCAAGAUUGGCAAAGGGGCUCUGGAGUGCGCGGUGUGCUUGAGCGAGUUUGAGGACUACGAAACGCUGCGAUUGCUGCCGAAAUGCCACCACGUAUUCCAUCCCGACUGCAUCGACGCGUGGUUGGCCUCGCACAUCACGUGUCCGGUUUGCCGCGCAAAGCUGACUCCCGACUCAAAUCACCCACUUUCCGAGCCAAAUAACAAUUCGAAUCACCAAGAAAGUACUGGUACAAAUGAAAUUAGUGAUGAUCAGCAAGAGAACGACGCGGUUGUUGUGAAUGUGAGUGAAAACCAGAGCAGCGAAGCGAUUGAGAUAGAGAACCGUCCGGCGAGAUCUGGAAUAUUCGGGAAGUUUCCAAGGUCACACUCGACGGGUCACUCGGUAGUUCAACCGGGAGAGAACACGGAGCGGUACACGUUGAGACUGCCGGAUUCAGUGAGGAGGCAGCUGGUUUCGAGCCGGAACAAUAAGCUCAAGCGGUCGAGUAGCUACGACGUCGUUCUACCGCGGCUUGGAAGUUCAAGAAAAGGCUAUAGAUACGGUGGCGAAGGGAGUAGUAGCAGUAGAGGGAAAAUUAGUCUUGAUCAUCAAAACGGGCGGUUCGACCCGUGGGUGUUGUUGAAAACGCCACCGUUCUUUGGUAGGGGUGGUGGUUCCUUUAAGUCUCCUAAGAAUGGUGUUGACGGAGAUGGGUUGUUUGUAAAGCCUUUGUUAACGCCGGUGAAAAUUUCGUUAGAUUGUCAGAAUGUCAAAGCCAACAGGUCUCAAGAACCGAUGUCUCGGCCUCCGGUUUGAUUUUCAUUUUUUUGUCCGUAAUAUUUUGUAAAUACUAAAUAGUAUCUUCUU